UCUCACCAAUCCGCUCUUCGCUUCGCCGCAGAUCAGCCGGUUCUCCGGCGAAAUUGUUCAUAAAUGCAGUUACCUGUACUCGCUGCUCAAACUUUGUCUACCUUUCAUUCGGCUACUUAAUUACAACUCCAGUUCAUUCAAUUGUUGCUUUUUUUCUGCAAAUUUGAGCAUACAAUAUAUAAAUUUGUUAGUACACAUGUCGCUCUAAUCGCUGCUACCUACACAAAUUGUUCCGAUCGAGAAAGUGUUUCCUGCAUAUUUAUGUGUAUUUUGCACAGACCUCAUCGCCGGUGUUUCGUGUGUUUAGAGGGGGAGAAAUGUCGGGAACGCGGAUGCCGACGUGGAAGGAGAGGGAGAACAACAAGCGGAGAGAGAGGAGGAGGAGGGCGAUCUCGGCGAAGAUAUUCGCCGGCCUGAGAAUGUACGGCAACUACAAGCUGCCUAAGCACUGUGAUAACAACGAGGUCCUCAAAGCCCUCGCCGACGAGGCUGGCUGGACCGUCGAGUCCGACGGCACCACAUAUCGUAAGGGAUGCAAGCCUGCGGAUUGGACCCACAUUGGUGGUUCAAUAUCUGCGAGCCCAGGCUCAUCAUACCAACCGAGCCCCUACGCCUCAUGUAACCCUAGCCCACCUUCAUCAUCAAUCGCAAGCCCAACAACCAACCCUCACCCAGAUUCUCUCAUACCAUGGCUCAAAAAUCUCUCAUCAUCAUCGUCAUCUUCAUCCAUGUCCUCUAAGCUACCCCAUGCUUACAUCCACAACGGCUCCAUAAGCGCACCGGUGACCCCACCCAUGAGCUCACCAACCGCUCAAUCCCCUCCUCGGAUCAAAACCAACUCCCCUUGGGGUGCACCGACCCUUUCAUGGUUCUCUGGCGUCCGGGUCCCACUGAGUGGACCCGCAUCACCUACGUUUAGCCUUGUGGCUGCAAACCCGUUUGGGUUUAAGGAAACGGGUUUGGGUCAUGGUGGGUCCCGGAUGUGGACCCCCGGGCAGAGUGGGACUUGUUCCCCUGCGAUUCCUCCAGGGUUUGAUAAUAAUGCGGAUAUUCCAAUGGCGGAAGUUGUUUCGGAGGAGUUUGCGUUUGGAAGGGUGAAACCGUGGGAAGGAGAAAGGAUUCAUGAGGUGUGCGGGCAGGAUGAUCUCGAGCUUACUCUUGGCGGUUCAAAGACCAGAUAAAAUGUGGCCUAGAGAAGAGAUCGCCACUAUUAAUGUGUGUUUAUAGCUCCUAGUGGUUGAGGUGAAGGUCUAGGGUUCAAAACCUGACAUGUCCUAACCUAAAAUACUGUUGAUGUAUAAUUUUCCACUGGCGAUGAAAGGUUCUCAAAGGGAUUCACAUGGUGUGGUUAUGGUUUAUCCUUUUUUUUUAAUUAAGGUAUGUUAUAUGUAUGAAUGAAAGAUGUGUAUUUGAUUGUAUUCAAUUAGUGUUAUUUUGC